CCUCAUCCGAUUAAAUUUGCUUCUCCAUUAUUUGCGUCAUAUAAUACUCGUGAUUUUGCUCCCUGAUUUUGCUCUUUCUCUUAAUCAUUCGUUUCUUCAGUUUCUUCUGAAAUGUGAUGUUAGAGCUCUGGUGAUUCUGAGGAGACAUGAACGGAGCUUUAUGACUCAACCACUCAUUCUCUUCCCCGUUCUCAUCUAAUUCCUUUGUUCUUCUUUUCCGCUCAUCCAUCCACACCAUCUCCUCUUCUUCUCUCUUCUUCACCCAAAAGUCCGCUCCAAUUCAACCGGCACCGGAAACACCUCAUGCACUUUGCAUGGAAGAUUGCUUCUUCCGAAGUCCACUUCAAUUCCGUGUUAUUCGUCCAAUUUAGGGAAAUGGACCGUCUCAAUGUCUUUGCCUUAUCUUCUCUUCUUCACCCGGAUGUCCACUCCAAUUCAACUGCCACUGAGGAACACCUCCUGGGACUCCCGCCCCAAAAUAAGAUCUUUUGGCCAUUUUCUGUUGCAAUUUCUAUGCUAAAUUUAAAGAAAGGAGGUCAAACAAGCAAGGAGGUCACUUGGUGCCUUCCUUACAUAGCCAUUCACAGCAAUUCUAUGGAGAAACAUCUCAUCCCAAGACUUCAAACAAUUCCCCUUAGUUUCAUGUUAGGUGCUAAGUAAGAAAUUUCAUCUUACUCAACUAAAUGGUUGAAAGGUUGUGCGGCAAAGCUAAUUGGCUAUUCGAGCAGGGGCCAGUGAAUUGAGAUUCUGGCAAGUAAAAGGAGUGGUCCAGGCACGAGGAUUUUACUAUGAUCUAUAGUGAGUAGUGAAGACUCAGAAGAAGACCUCUUUCACUCUCUGCAGGAAGUUAUUGUACACAUCUUUUUUAUUUUUAUAAUAACAAGUCAUUAGUUGGUUGGAGAGGUAACCAUGCCGAUGGUCUUUUAGAUUUUAUGGUGGUGAUAUGAGGGCAUUCAAAUUACAUUUCCUCAUGGGAUGUAGUUUUCCUAAAUGUUUAGAUAUUUCUUCACAAAUGUAAUAUAAGUACUUGCUUUUGACGUGUUUUUUAUUAUAAUAAUUUAUGAAUGAAGACUGUAUUUU